AGUAUAAAUCUGGGCAACAUCGCUAUGAAUGUUGAACAUUGUAGAAUCAGCUUACAGUGCGGUCACAAUGUUUGUCCCCGCCCUCCUGACCUUGCUCCUUGUGGGCGCCAUCACUGGCAUGCCCGUCCAAGAGGACAUUUCUGGUACCAUCACCAUCACCAUCCGAUCUGAGGAGGCCCAGAUUCCGGAGGACAUCUCUGGGACCAUCUCAAUCAACUUCAGGGCUGAUGAAGUGCAGAAAAGGGAGGAGGAUAUCUCUGGUACCAUCACCAUCACCAUCAAGGCUCUGGAAGGAUGGAGCACAACCUCAAUCCUUCCCGCAAUCUUCUCUAAGAGAGAUGGACAGGACAUUAGUGGUACCAUCACCAUCAACAUCAAAUCUCAAGAAGAACAGAAAAGAGAUAACAUGGAAGAUAUCUCUGGUACAAUCACCAUCACCAUCAAGUCAGAAGAAGCAUGGACCGACUACAUUGGACCAGCCCUCCAAAUCGCUCAGGUUGUUGCACCUUUUAUUGGCAAGAGAGAGAACGCCCAAGAAGCGUGGACAGACUUUAUUGGUCCAGCCAUUCAAAUCGCAACCACUGUUGCACCUCUUUUCCUUGGCAAGAAAGAACUGACCCAAGAAUCAUGGACUGAUAUCCUUGGAACGGUACUUAAUGUUGCAACGACUGUUGCUCCCCUUCUCCUUGGCAAGAAAGAACUGAACGAAGAAUCAUGGACUGAUAUCCUUGGAACGGUACUUAAUGUUGCUACCACUGUCGCACCACUUCUCCUUGGCAAGAAAGAACUAACUCAAGAAUCAUGGACUGAUAUCCUUGGAACGGUACUUAAUGUUGCUACCACUGUCGCACCACUUUUCAUUGGCAAGAAAGAACUGACCCAAGAAUCAUGGACUGAUAUCCUUGGAACGGUACUGAAUGUUGCAACUACUGUCGCACCACUUCUCCUUGGCAAGAAAGAACUAACAGAAGAAUCAUGGACUGAUAUCCUAGGAACGGUACUUAAUGUUGCUACCACUGUUGCACCACUUCUCCUUGGCAAGAAAGAACUGACCCAAGAAUCAUGGACUGAUAUCCUAGGAACGGUCCUCAAUGUUGCAACCACUGUUGCACCACUUCUCCUUGGCAAGAAAGAACUAACUCAAGAAUCAUGGACUGAUAUCCUUGGAACGGUCCUUCAAGUUGCAGGUACUGUUGCGCCACUUCUCAUUGGCAAGAAAGAGCUGACUCAGGAAUCCUGGACUGAUAUCCUUGGUACUGUCCUUAAUGUUGCAACCACUGUUGCACCGCUUCUCCUUGGCAAGAAAGAACUAACUCAAGAAUCAUGGACUGAUAUCCUUGGAACGGUCCUUCAAGUUGCAGGUACUGUUGCACCACUUCUCAUUGGCAAGAAAGAGCUGACUCAGGAAUCCUGGACUGAUAUCCUUGGUACUGUCCUUAAUGUUGCAACCACUGUUGCACCACUUCUCCUGGGCAAGAAAGAACUAACUCAAGAAUCAUGGACUGAUAUCCUUGGAACAGUCAUCCAAGUUGCAGGCACUGUUGCACCACUUUUCCUUGGCAAAAAAGAACUAAACCAAGAAUCAUGGACUGAUAUCCUUGGAACGGUCCUCAAUGUUGCAACCACAGUUGCUCCACUUCUCCUUGGCAAGAAAGAACUAACUCAAGAAUCAUGGACUGAUAUCCUUGGAACAGUACUUAAUGUUGCUACCACUGUUGCACCACUUCUCCUUGGCAAGAAAGAACUAACUCAAGAAUCAUGGACUGAUAUCCUAGGAACGGUCCUCAAUGUUGCAACCACUGUUGCACCACUUCUUAUUGGCAAGAAAGAACUGACCCAAGAAUCAUGGACUGAUAUCCUUGGAACUGUCCUCCAAGUUGCAGGUACCGUUGCACCACUUCUUAUUGGCAAGAAAGAACUAACCCAAGAAUCAUGGACUGAUAUCCUUGGAACGGUCCUCAAUGUUGCAACCACCGUUGCACCACUUCUUAUUGGCAAGAAAGAACUAACCCAAGAAUCAUGGACUGAUAUCCUAGGAACAGUCCUCCAAGUUGCAGGCACCGUAGCACCACUUCUUAUUGGCAAGAAAGAACUUACCCAAGAAUCAUGGACUGAUAUCCUUGGAACGGUCCUCAAUGUUGCAACCACCGUUGCACCACUUCUUAUUGGCAAGAAAGAACUAACUCAAGAAUCAUGGACCGAUAUCCUUGGAACGGUACUUAAUGUUGCUACCACUGUUGCACCACUUCUCCUUGGCAAGAAAGAAUUGACCCAAGAAUCAUGGACUGAUAUCCUUGGAACAGUCCUCAAUGUUGCAACAACUGUUGCUCCACUUCUCCUUGGCAAGAAAGAACUAACUCAAGAAUCAUGGACUGAUAUCCUUGGAACGGUCCUCAAUGUAGCAACCACUGUUGCACCACUUCUCCUUGGCAAGAAAGAACUGACCCAAGAAUCAUGGACUGAUAUCCUUGGAACGGUCCUCCAAGUUGCAGGCACUGUUGCACCUCUUCUUAUUGGCAAAAAAGAACUAACCGAAGAAUCAUGGACUGAUAUCCUUGGAACAGUCCUCAAUGUUGCAACCACCGUAGCACCACUUCUCCUGGGCAAGAAAGGAUUGACCGAGGAAGCAUGGACUGAUAUCCUUGGAACUGUUCUUCAAGUUGCAGGCACUGUCGCACCACUUCUCAUUGGCAAGAAAGAGCUAAUCCAAGAAUCAUGGACUGAUAUCCUUGGAACGGUCCUCCAAGUUGCAGGUACUGUUGCACCACUUCUUAUUGGCAAGAAAGAACUAACCCAAGAAUCAUGGACUGAUAUCCUAGGAACGGUCCUCAAUGUUGCAACCACUGUUGCACCACUUCUCCUUGGCAAGAAAGAACUAACUCAAGAAUCAUGGACUGAUAUUCUUGGAACUGUCCUCAAUGUUGCAACCACUGUUGCACCACUUCUUCUUGGCAAGAAAGAACUGAACCAAGAAUCAUGGACUGAUAUCCUUGGAACAGUCCUCCAAGUUGCAGGCACCGUUGCACCACUUCUUAUUGGCAAGAAAGAACUAACCCAAGAAUCAUGGACUGAUAUCCUUGGAACGGUCCUCAAUGUUGCAACCACCGUUGCACCACUUCUUAUUGGCAAGAAAGAACUAACCCAAGAAUCAUGGACUGAUAUCCUUGGAACAGUCCUCCAAGUUGCAGGCACCGUUGCACCACUUCUUAUUGGCAAGAAAGAACUAACCCAAGAAUCAUGGACUGAUAUCCUUGGAACGGUCCUCAAUGUUGCAACCACCGUUGCACCACUUCUUAUUGGCAAGAAAGAACUAACUCAAGAAUCAUGGACCGAUAUCCUAGGAACGGUACUUAAUGUUGCUACCACUGUUGCACCACUUCUCCUUGGCAAGAAAGAACUGACCCAAGAAUCAUGGACUGAUAUCCUUGGAACAGUCCUCAAUGUUGCAACAACUGUUGCUCCACUUCUCCUUGGCAAGAAAGAACUAACUCAAGAAUCAUGGACUGAUAUCCUUGGAACAGUCCUCAAUGUAGCAACCACUGUUGCACCACUUCUCCUUGGCAAGAAAGAACUGACCCAAGAAUCAUGGACUGAUAUCCUUGGAACGGUCCUCCAAGUUGCAGGCACUGUUGCACCUCUUCUUAUUGGCAAGAAAGAACUAACCGAAGAAUCAUGGACUGAUAUCCUUGGAACAGUCCUCAAUGUUGCAACCACCGUAGCACCACUUCUCCUUGGCAAGAAAGGAUUGACCGAGGAAGCAUGGACUGAUAUCCUUGGAACUGUUCUUCAAGUUGCAGGCACUGUCGCACCACUUCUCAUAGGCAAGAAAGAGCUUAUCCAAGAAUCAUGGACUGAUAUCCUUGGAACGGUCCUCCAAGUUGCAGGUACUGUUGCACCACUUCUUAUUGGCAAGAAAGAACUGCCCCAAGAAUCAUGGACUGAUAUCCUUGGAACGGUCCUCAAUGUUGCAACCACUGUUGCACCACUUCUCCUUGGCAAGAAAGAACUAACUCAAGAAUCAUGGACUGAUAUUCUUGGAACUGUCCUCAAUGUUGCAACCACUGUUGCACCACUUCUCCUUGGCAAGAAAGAACUGACCCAAGAAUCAUGGACUGAUAUCCUUGGAACGGUCCUCAAUGUUGCAACUACUGUUGCUCCACUUUUUCUUGGCAAGAAAGAACUAACUCAAGAAUCAUGGACUGAUAUUCUUGGAACUGUCCUAAAUGUUGCAACUACUGUUGCUCCACUUCUUCUUGGCAAGAAAGAACUGACCCAAGAAUCAUGGACUGAUAUCCUUGGAACGGUCCUCCAAGUUGCAGGCACUGUUGCACCUCUUCUCAUUGGCAAGAAAGAGCUAACACAAGAGUCAUGGACUGACUACAUUGCCCCAGCUCUACAGAUCGCUCAAAUUGUUACUCCACUUAUUGGCAAAAGAGAUGUCACUCAAGAAGCAUGGACUGAUAUACUUGCAUCAUUACCUCAAAUUCAAAUGACUGUCUCGUAAAUGUAAUUAAAUUUUAAAGUUUUAUUUUUUGUUUCUUACUUUGAUUCAAAACAUUUCAAAAUGAAAACAUUAGAUAAUACUGUAUAGAAAUUCUGCCAAAACUGUAUGUAAAAGCGGAGAAAUUUUAAUUUUUAAAAAUAAGUUUGAACCAUGUUAAAAAUGUGCAUGUGGAUAACGAAUAGUUUCUUUGAAAAUUAUUAAACGUGACACAAGACCAAAA